UCGGUCUUCCAUCCGGCAAGGGCCGUUCUGGCUGGGAGAGUUCGGACUCAUAUGCAACUACGUUCUUUUGGCCUGGGCUCGUCUUCACUCUUGUUGUACGUGUCACCUCUACCCCAUGCUGAACUUGUUACCUGCUAAUUCUCGUUCCCCUCCGACAUGCAGAUGUACGCUUUCCCGCCUUUAUACCCGGCAACUGCCGACAACAUGAAUUGUGUUUCUGUGGUUUACGUGAUCACGCUCAUAGUGGUGGUUGCCUGGUGGUUCUUGAAAGCGCGCUCAGCAUAUGACCCUGUUACCCCAACCCAGUACAGACCUUUCCCUCUUCGUUGCCUUGUUUUGGGCAGGCGAACAAUGCUGACAGGUAUGAAUAGGACCUUGCUUGGGUUGGUUGGAAGAAAUCAGGACUUGGUUGUACGCUGGGACCCAAGGGCUUCGACUUCUUCGUCAAGCUUAAGAGCUACCAUAUUAAGGACCACCAAGCAUAGAGAAGUGUGGCGUCAAUACAAAUAUUCAAGGCGGAUGGGAUACGCCAUGAUAGGUCGAGGUUUUUCUGUGUAACUAAAGCCAUUAAACCCAAUGUUCGCG